AUGACACCCAAAGCCUGCGAUCAUUGCCACCAGGGCAAAGAAAAGUGCUCUUUCGCACCAACGGCCAGGGCGUGUGCCCGAUGCCGCCAUUUGGGCAUCCUCUGCUCCAUGUCUCGCAAGAAGCGGCGCAAGGGUCGAUGUCCAGUGCUGAGGCCGUUUGAUCACGGCAGCUUGCAUGUUUGGGAGUCCACCAAGGUUGAUGAUGACGCAGAGCCAGACAUGAUCAAGCUGAAGCCUGGUGCCAUUGAUAUCUACCGUGGCCGAAAUAACAUCGAAACCGCUCAUACGCUGUCACAUGGAAAACAGCGUGGUAGGAUCGAAGGCAUGGCCAUGAAAGAGAUCUUUAUCGAGCAGAUACUCCAACGCCGCUUCAAUCCGAGAGCGGCUUCUGACGCCAUGGACGUAUUAACUGACGACGACAAAUUCACCAUGAUACAUGUUCCCUUCGUCAUGGGACGUAGCUUCAUGCCAGAGUUCCGAGUAGCCAUAUACUCGGUCAUGUAUCAUUCUACUGCCGUCAUGGUCGACGGUUAUCUUGCUUUCCUAGGGCUGGUAGCACAUUGUCAGGCAUCUCGACUGCCCCUGGCCAAUCCCGAUCUCCGUGGAGGGGCGAGAGCGCUCCAGAUGCUACGAAGUGUCAAAAUUGUCCGUCCCCAGGAUGCCCUCUGCGCCCUGUUACUCGGCCAGGCCCUUUUUGUCUUUGAGGUCCUCACCGACUCAUUUACCACCUCAGCGCAUUCUAUUGUCCAGAGCGCCCUAAUCUCGGCCCAGCCAUGGUAUCAGGCUCUGAGCGGGGUGCCUGCCUUCGACACCAUCACCUUAUGUCCAGUGCUUCUAGACAUAGUUGGAUGCCUGGUAUACCGCAGAGUGCCCAUCAUUCAGCUCCAUGCUCCGGAGCGGAUUAUUGUGGAUCGGUACCUCGGCCUGUUAUCAACUCUGCUACCCUCUCUAGCCAUUUUAUGUGAGCAGAGCCAAGCAGCCAAAUCAAAUGCAGACAAUUUGCAAUUGCGUUUAGCAGAUCAAGAACCCCAAGCGGAUUACUACACGCACUCAGAGAGUGUCAUUGAGGCCUGGGUGCAACGAAUUCCACCUGACUUUCUUACUACCUACGACAAGGCCGAGAGAGAAAUGAUGAUGACCCAAGCCCGUGUAUACCGUCUAGCCGCCUUGCUCAUCAUUCAUCGCCUACGAUUCCCUCUCGGUGUUCAAGACGCCCUAGGGCACUGCUAUGCGCAUCGCAUCUUUGACGAAAUCAGGUCGUUGUUUGCUCUAUCAGAUACACAAGGCGCUGGAGCGGCCUUUCCGAUUUCAUUUCCACUUUUCCUAUCCAUGCUCGAAGUUGAAGGCCCCGGCGAGGAUCUCAUGGAAAGUCUACGCAGGUUUCCCAUACAGAGCGUAUGUAUGCUAAAACUGCACGAAUUCGUCAGACAUGUUAGAACGAUGAAGGAAUCGGGCUAUUGCGGGCUAUGGUUUGAUCUGGUCGAUAGUGGUCUCACUUAUGCGGUUAUACCGUAG